CGCCCGGAGGAGCGGGGCGGAGCGGGGCGGCAUGGCGGCGGUGCCGGGAGGCCUCUUCGCCGUGUACAAGCCGGCGGGGGUGGCCUGGAACCGCGUCCGUGAGGCAGUGGAGACGCGGCUGCUGCGCGAGCUGAACGCGGCGCCGGGGCGACCCCCGCGGCAGCACAUCCGUUUCUUGCCGGCCCCGGCUGGUGGCGACGGCGGGGCGGCGGGGCUGGUGGCGGCGAGGGUGCCGGUGCUGGCCGACCACCCCCUCGUCCGAGGCCCGCGGUUCAGGCGGCUGAAGAUCGGAGCGGGUCACCGGCUGGACGUGAAGGCCUCGGGAGUCUUCGUGCUUGGCAUAGGCGAUGGGAACAAGCUACUCACUGAUCUGUACAACUGCCACCUGACCAAGGUUUACACUGUCAGUGGGCUGUUUGGUAAAGCCACUGAUGACUUCUCAGACACAGGGAAGCUAGUGGAGAAGACAACAUUUGACCAUAUCACAAGGGAGAAGGUGGAACGGAUUCUCGCUGUCAUUCAAGGAACAAAUCAUAAGGCCCUGCUGAUGUAUUCUAACAUUGAUAUGAAAACACAAGAGGCAUACGAGCUGGCUGUCAAAGGGUUGAUUCGCCCCAUGGGAAAAAGUGCUCCUAUAAUCACAGCGAUCCGAUGCCUCCAGUUCACGCUUCCAGAAUUCCAGCUAGAAGUCCAUUGCUUGCACGAGACUCAGCAGUACCUCCGAAAAAUAGUUCAUGAGAUUGGUCUGGAGCUGAAAUCAUCUGCCGUGUGCACACAAGUGCGAAGAAUACGCGAUGGUGUUUUCACCCUGGAUGAUGCUCUCCUGAGAACCCAGUGGAAUCUGCAGAGUAUACAGAAGGCAAUUUGGGACUGUCAGCUUAAAGUGAAAACAGAGUUAGAGAAAACACUAGGCCAUCAGGAUAAAAGUCAUCUCCAUAAGAUGGAUGCUGAGAUGGCCCACGCUGCAGACUGCUGAGUGCGUGCUACGGCGGGAACGUCCACAAGCAACCUCUAUUGUAGCACAGCUACAUGCUGACAGCAUGAUGGACAGCAGAAGGAAAGAGGUUAAUUGCAGUUCACUUCCACCCUUUCCUUGAAAUGACUUUAAUCAGAGAGGCAUUUUUUUCAGUGACAGGCUGUAUGGUUUUUUUUAAAGCAUCACAAACAGUUCAUUAACAGGAAUUAGCUGUGCCAAAAUUCCUGUUGACUUGGGGAACGUUAGGUUGCUAAGAUAUAAAAACCCAUCCCCAAAUUGUUUAGCAGCAGGAAAUAGAGUGUCUUACAGGGCUGUAUUCCCUUGAUUGCACAGAUUUAUUUGUUCUUGCAACUGGCAGCAUAAUUUAUGUACUCUAUGGAUUUCGUUUUCCCCUCUGCUGCCCUAGAGUAUUUUCUUUCCAUUAGCCCUGCUUUCAGACACAUAAGCGCUCAAAAUCAGACUAAAAGAGGGAUGUGCAGGAGAAAAGACACCUUACACAAAGCAACGCAAGGAAAUGGUUAUAUCCAGGGAAGAGGCUUGUAAUAGGGACUGAUGCACAAUAUACACCAGAAAUAAAACUGAAAGUGACCUAAAGGGGAAGAGGCUGUUUCUUGGCUCAGUGCACAUCUGUAAGUACACUGACUCAUUAAAAAAAAAAAAAAAAAGAGCAUGCUGCCUUUUUUCCCCCACCCCCGGAAAGGAACCAAUGUGCUCAGGGGCCUGUGGUAUCCUGCUCUGCAGCAGCUCCAAGCCAACAGCAUGUACUGCCCUUCAGCAAAACUCUGUAAGCUCUGUAAUACUAUUUGUUAUCUGUUAGCUCAUUAUAGCUGGGUCUGACGUAGCAGAAAUAGACUUUCUAAAUCUAAGUUAAAAAUCUGAAGUACCGUAACCAUUAUUACACCCACUACUUUUCCAGCUAUACACAUUGUUAGAGAGUUUGGAGAUUUACUUAUAGAAAUCAGUAGAAGAGAUUUGUGCUAUUCCUCUUCUGGAUUUGGACAAAGGCCAGCAUAUUUUAUCCCCCAGAUAGCUGUUAAGGUAACAAGAAGUAACUCUGGAAGGAGCAGUAAGAGGGGCUGUGAUGAAGUGGCAGAGUCCAGUCCUGUCCUGAAGCAUCCCAGGAGUCAUUGACUUAAACUCUGGAAAUCUUUCAGUUGUUCUGGUUUCCCUGCUCUGCACAGAGCAGCCAGAACAGCAGCAGAGCAUAGCUGCCACCUCAUGGCACGUUACCAUGCCAGCUGCCGAGCCGCAGGGACUCCCCAAGGGCAGUUUGCUCUUACCUCGGCUGGUUGGUUCUGCACGUGUUCAUCCUCCAUGGACAAGGGACCGAGGUCAGGGCACCUUCCUUGGACAACUGCCUUGUGCUGACUGAAGUGGAAACCCAUCACCACGGAAGCAUGCGUUCUGGAGCUGGGCAGAACACUUGCACAGGUACAGCUGCAAGUUUUAAUACUAGUGCUCCUAGCUCCAACAAGGUAGAGAAGAAAAGAUGGACUUCUCAGUCCUUACAUAAUCUUUGGUAACUUUGGUAAAUGGAGUACGCUUCAUCCCAUGCAGCUUACACCUAAGGCAAACUGAAGGAAUUUUUGUAUAUACUUCCCAUUGCAAAAACCAUUUCCAGCUGCAUGUGCCAUUGCAAUACUAACAUUUUGUUAGUCUGGCAAUAACUCUGGGCUAAACCAGUUCUUUCACACAGAAAAUACCAGCCAAAACAGCAAUGUGCAUUUUGAGAACAAAGUUAGUAUUUCCCAGUUCUAGCCUUGUGACAUUUUUUUCCCUUCUCUUAAAACUACUCCAAAACACAGGAGUCUCUCACACUUGGCAAGAGGAGGGUUAUGGUGGGGAGGAUGUACCUGUAACCAUAUGCACGAGUCCAUUCUUACAUGGCCACAGUAAAUACCCUCCAGAGAAGUACAGCUGCACAUUAGCUGGGAUUUGCUUGAAUGAAUCACAGAGUACAGGUAUGUUGUCUGUCCCCCUGCUUUAGCCCCCUCCCCAGGGCUUUUGGGGUAAAACAAGAUACUUAAUCCCAAUGUUUCUGCACCAGGUCCAGAACAGAAAGCACAAACCCAAUUCUCUAUUCUCAGCAGCAGCCUUUGCAACCAUUUUCUGGUUUUCAAGCGCUACAAAGACAGAUUGAUUUGAUUCAAAUUUGGAAGUGAGCAGACUGCAGCAUGGGCCUGACUGGGGACCAGGGGGAAACUUACUGGCAGGAAGAUCUUAGAAGUAGAAAUGGACCAAAGGACAUCAAGCUUGAUUGAAAAAGGGACAAUGGAUCUGCAGUCAGCAGAGCACUUCAUCACUUAGAACUGCACGAAGCAGCCAAAUUUAGUCUGUACAGUCACCCUCAAUCCUAACACCUGACAUUGAAACAUUCAUGCGCUCAACAUAAUUUUGUGUUUGGACACCGCUCACUUUCACAGUGACUCUGCAUUUAGGGGAGAGUAAAGGUAAUUCUGCACCUACCCAUUACUUGGUAGUGCUGCCAUGCUGCCUCCAUUAAGAGCCCUCAGAAACAUUUGAAUAAUAGAUGUUAUAGUUAUCUCAGAAUAGAGUUUAAGAAUUUGUUCCCAGGUUCAUGCAAUGUUUUAUAGGCUCUUAAAGUGAAUUACUGAGAAACGUGAUAGGUGCUUUAUUCAGACUGGAUGUUCAAUACAACUUCACAUUUUGCCAUUUACAACAGAAAUGAUACAAAAACCUCUAGAUACCAGAGCAGUUAAGUACAAAAGCAUGGAACAUCCAGACUUAUCCAGAUCAUAAAACAAAACCAAACCCCCAAACCACCACAACUUCAGCCUUCCUCCCUCCCUAUUUCUGAGGGUUUUUUGUUUUCUUUCAAAGCAGCUAGUACAUUGCACAUUCAUACACCCACACUUCCUCUAUCCAUUCAGUAAUAGCUACUUCCACCUGCAGAUUAGUGUAUCCAAAUAGCCCCUGGAUGUUGUGAUGUUGUAGAGAAGCAAAGGCUCGACAGGAAGAGUCUUAACAUCAACCUGAAUUAAAACCCCUCCAAUAAAAAAAAAAAAUCAAAA